AGAGAGAGAGAGAGAGAGAGAGAGAGAGAGAGCGGAGAGAGAUGGAGGGAGGGGAGGAGAAGAGGGCGGCGAAUCCGCGGUGCUACAUGGAUAUCAGCAUCGGAGGGGAGAUGGAAGGGAGGAUCGUGGUGGAGCUCUACGCUGGUGUGGUGCCGAGGACGGCGGAGAACUUCAGGGCGCUGUGCACCGGGGAGAAAGGCAUCGGGCCCAAUACCGGUGUGCCGCUCCACUACAAGGGUACACGUUUUCACCGUGUUAUCAAAGGUUUUAUGAUACAAGGUGGAGAUAUAUCUGUGGGUGAUGGAACUGGAGGAGAAUCCAUAUAUGGACUAAACUUUGAGGACGAGAACUUUGUAUUGAAACAUGAAAGAAAGGGAAUGCUAUCUAUGGCCAAUUCUGGCCCCAAUACCAAUGGCUCUCAGUUCUUUAUUACUACCACCAGAACAUCUCAUCUAGAUGGAAAACAUGUUGUGUUUGGGAAGGUGGUUAAAGGAAUGGGAGUUGUUCGAGCAAUUGAGCAUACUCCUGUUGGAGAAGGUGAUUAUCCCAAUGUUGAUGUAAUAAUUGUGGGUUGUGGAGAACUUUCUGAGGGGGCUGAUGAUGGAGUUUCAAAUUUCUUCAAAGAUGGUGAUAUGUAUCCAGAGUGGCCCAACGACCUUGAUGAGAAGCCAAGCGAUGUCUCAUGGUGGAUGAAUGCUGUGGACUCUGCUAAAGCUUUUGGAAAUGAUAACUUCAAGAAACAGGACUUUAAGAUGGCUCUUAGAAAGUACCGUAAGGCUCUGCGCUACUUGGAUGUUUGCUGGGAGAAAGAAGAAAUUGAUGAGGAGAAGAGCUCAUUGUUGCGGAAGACAAAGUCUAUUAUACUCACAAAUAGUUCUGCUUGCAAAUUGAAAUUAGGAGAUUCCAGGGGUGCCUUAUUAGAUGCUGACUUUGCAUUGCGCGAAAGAGAGGGUAAUGCAAAAGCAUACUACCGCCAGGGCCAGGCACACAUGUCACUUGGUGAUGUGGAUGCUGCUGCGGAAAGUUUCAAGAAGGCACUGGAGUUAGAGCCAAAUGAUGGAGGCAUAAAGAAAGAGCUUGCUGCUGCAAAGAAGAAGAUUGCUGAUAGACGGGAUCAAGAGCGAAAGGCUUAUUCCAGAAUGUUCCGAGUCCCAGUAAGAUCAGAUGCAAAUAAUGAGGAGAAACAUUGCUGACGAGAAUUCAGGUCUAAAAAAUUACAUGAAAUCUUUUGGCAAGCAGGCAGAUAUAGCAGGUUCUCAUUGAACAUAGAGUCAGGUAUGUAAUUGGGACUGAAGAAAAAAGAUAAGGUCCAGAUCCCUUGAGAUGGACGCAUACAGAAAAGGAUAAAAAUGCUUGAGCCAUUUUUUCCUAAAAAUAGUUGAUGUUGCAUCAGGACAUUGUAGUAAUAGGCUGUUUAGAUGAGGGAUGUUUAGAUUUUACUACUUCAAAGACUCCGUUAGGUUCUCCACAUGAACUUUCAUACUUUUUAUUAAUUGCAUGGUUUAUUCUGCACUUUUUACUCCUUCA